AUGGCAGGGAAGGAAGAGUGGCAGAGAUUAGCUGACAUCAUCCAACAUUGGAACAACACCCGACUGGACCUGUUUGAGAUCAGUCUGCCAUGCAAGAACUUAGAGUUCCAUGGAGUAAUGCGGUUCUACUUUGAGGACCACAUUGCAGGGAACGUUGCCACCAAGUGCCUGCGUAUCAGCAGCAUCACCACCACUGGAGAGGUUAUUGAAACACUGUCAGAGAAGUUCAGACCGGACAUGAAGAUGUUGAAUACUCCCUAUUUCCUGUUUGAGGUCCAUGCUAACAAGGAAGAACGGCAGCUGGACCUGAGUGAAAAGCCUCUGGUUGUGCAGCUGAACUGGAACACACACAACCGGGAGGGCCGCUUCGUACUCAAGAAGGAUAAGGACAUUUGGCCUUUAUCCAUACAGGACAACAGCCCAGAGAAAAAGAAGGGAGGCAUGAUCCAGAACUUCAAGAGGACACUGUCGAGGAAAGAGAAGAAGAAGGAGAAGAAGAAGACAGGAGAUGAUGCUGUUAACCACUCGGCAAAGCCUAACGGGUCCACUAUGAGGAAAGAGAAUGGGCAGAUAUCAGCCUCUGUACCUGUGGAGAAGUCCUGGGCCAACAAGGAUAUUGUUUCUAACCCUGACACAACAGAAUGCAAGAAAAGUUCCACGUGGCGAGGCAUGGUCCGAAAGCAUAACCAGAAACAAGACUAUGGAACAAGGAAUGAAAGAGAUCAGGACAACAUGGACCAACUUGCACUUCCAGUUGGUAUUAAAUUCAGGGAAAAUUCCGAGGACCCCUUCCUCUCUGCAGUCAUCAACUACACCAACAGUUCCACUGUCCACUUCAAGCUCUCCCCUGCCUACGUCCUGUACAUGGCCGGACGCUUCGUCCUCCACCGCCAUUAUAGUCACAGUCAGGAGACAUCACAGAGUCAUCGCCCCUCAGAGCACGCACACAGAGUCACCGCUACUGUCAACAAGAUGGUAGCCAUGACUGAGGUGGUCAUCCAGAAGCAGAAGUCCAUAGCUGGUGCUGUAGCCUUCUGGAUGGCCAAUACCUCAGAGCUCCUGAACUUCCUAAAGCAGGACAGAGAUCUAAGCCCCAUCACUCUGCAGGCUCAGGAGAACCUGGCACACCUGGUGUACAAAGCUUUCAAGUGUUUGACUCAGUGUCUGCUGGCUGAUCUGAGCAGACACUUGCCAGAAUUCCUUAUUUAUCCUGAGGGGAGUCAAUCACCUGCAGGAAUAGAGGGCGUACUGCAAACCUUGAUGGGUGCCAUGUCUCUGCUGCGUCGCUGUCGAGUUAACGCUGCCCUCACCAUCCAGCUGUUCUCCCAACUCUUCCACUCCAUCAGUGCCUGGCUCCUCAACAGGCUGCUGAGCCCCAGCCCCCAGGGAGAGGCCUGCUCCCUGGGCCUUAGAUCCCACUACUGGGGGGCCACCCUCCGCCAGAGGCUUAGCCUGGUGGAGGACUGGGCAGAGAGGCAAGGUCUGGAGCUGGCCGCAGACUGCCACCUCAGCCGCAUCAUACAGGUAACAAUGCUGUUGACCAUGAACAAGUAUUCCAUGCAAGAUUCGGAGAACAUCCAGAAUACCUGCUUCAAGUUAAACUCCUUGCAGCUUCGAACACUGAUGACAAGCUACCUGUACGAUACCAACGAGCCCCGCAUUGCCCCUGGUGUGAUUGACAGGGUGGUGGCGGCUGCAGAAGCCAGUGCUGAUGAGUUGUUGCGUAGUGAAGGGCAGGACCUCCAGCUGGAGGAGGGGCCAGACCUCCACCUGCCCUUCCUGCUCCCUGAGGAAGGCUACUCCUGUGACACGGUCAAUGGCAUCCCGCAGGGCUUCAGAGAGUUCCUGGAACCUAUCUGCCGCAAAGGCCUCUGCACUCUGAUGUCUCACCCCCAGUCUGGUGGCACCUGGACCAUCUUCUUCAACCGAGCAAACUAUCUCUUCUCUGUUUCUUUCAUUUAGCCACUGCAUAGAGAACUUGAGGUUGUGACUAUUACACUGACAAAACCCUUGAACAGUGGAAUGGGGGUCAGCAUCGUGGCGGCCAAGGGAGCAGGACAAGACAACCUUGGGAUUUAUGUCAAGUCUAUCGUCAAAGGAGGACCAGCAGACAUGGAUUGCAGGUUAACUGCUGGGGAUCAGUUGCUGUGUGUGGAUGGACACAGUCUCGUGGGCCUCUCACAGGAAAGGGCAGCAGGCAUAAUGAUGCACACUGGGUCAGUUGUGACUUUACAGGUUGCCAAGCAGGGGGCAACAUGCCAUGGUCUGGCUGCCUUGCUAGAUGAACCACCUUCAGUAUCAACUACAGCUUUGGAUGGUAGUGGCCCCACCAGCAGCAGCCAUGCUAAGCCGAACGGCAAGGCCCUGAUCGUGUAUGAUGGCAUGGAGCAGAGCUCUGGGCCCUCAGGACUAUGGGGUAAUAACUCCCAUGGAGGGAACAGGAGACAGAGAGAACAGACCCUGCUGAAGAACAGACAGCUAUACCGCUCCAACCCUAACAUGAUCAGCCCAGAAGGAGAACCAGUUGACCCAGCCAUCCCAACAGACAGUAAAAUCACUGCAGUCUCCACCAGCAACCUUCUGUGCUCUGAUAUGUACCAAAGGGAAUACCUGACUCUACCAGCCCCUAGGUCUCAGGACAAGAAGACAGUAGCCUUUGAACUCCCACCUCAGGAGCCCAGAGUCUCAUUUAAUCUAGAUGGACAGAUCUCCAACAAGAGGACCUUGAUGCGGCAGGCCCUUUCACAGGAGAAUUUGUGCAUGGAGAAUGAUCGCCCCCUAGUGGACAAUAUACAUAAUGCAUGGAACCAGAACCAGCAGGAAAGCUACUACACCUCUUUUCCUAUGAAGCCUAGCAUCUCUACCCACGACAUACAUUACAACCAUACUGUCAGCCUCUCCACUAAGACCCAACCGAGCCGCCACAAUACACGGUAUGGCUACUGGAGAACUCCUACGUCACACGACCCUUCGUCUGCCAUCCAGCCAAUACACAUAGACAUCCCUGCUACACGGCUUUCCAACACCCAGCCGCGCAGUCCAAUGACUACCUUCCAACAAACUCCCACUCUACUGCCCGUGAAGAUGAACCAAAACCCUGAGGGUAAAGGCCAGGGACAAGCCCUCUUCAGCAAUCAAAAACAGGAGUCUCAUUAUCAACUGCCAGCCCAGCAUCGCCAAGCUACAUGUCCUCCUCCAUCCUCUGUGUCCAUGAGGCAACCUCAGCCCUCACUCUCAUCCUCACAGAAGAUCCAACAACAACAAGCAUUGAGGAGGGUGCAAACAGCGACGUCCCAACUGUUCCCAACCCAGUCAAAAGACACAUCCCUCCAGAGACCUCCAGCUAAACCACAACCAGGGACCACCCCAGGACAUCAGGACCAAUACUUCAGCAUGAAUAAAGAGCCACCAUCAGAAGGCAACAAAAGUCUGUCUCCAGACCCAUGGAAGAGGGAUGCAUGGGAGAAGCAGCAGAAGCAGCAGAGACUACAGGUCGUCGACCUGUUGGAACAGGAGAUCCAGGAUCUGCAGGCUAAAGCCCAGCUCACACCAGAGGAGACCGACAGGCUCCGUAGGCUCAACCUGGAGUGGCAAUUUCAACAGAGACUGCAGGAGUUCCAACAGAAUGGAAACGAUGAGGAUGAUGAUGAUGAAGAAGAAGAUAGAGACACGUCAACAGGAGAAAAUGUUCAAGAGUCGAAUGAACUCAACGUAAACUUUGAUGAGAAGUCCUCGAAAGAAGGCCAGAAAGAGAACAACUUCAAAGGUGAUGCAACACCUGAGAAUCUCACAUUUAAGGAGCGCCAACGUCUCUUCUCCCUCGGAUCAAACGCCUCCAUCAAAGUCAAAGCCUUGUAAGAUGAGGAUCCUGAGAAGGUGGCCUCAACAUUCGGUCAAGGCUCAUCGAUCAAGGCUCAACCUUUUUAUAAGCUACAGUAGAAACCAAUCAGAAGAUAUUAGAAUUGAUAUUAUAAUCUAUAUUCUGUAGAAAAAUGUGGACUAUCUUUGUGAUUUCUCGGCAUAUUUACUUCUCUUUUCUCCUAAUUGAUCUUUACACUUAGACUGUCGAAUGCACAUUUUCAUGUUUUUCUGUUAUAUGUUUACUUAAAUGAAAACUUAGGUAGGUAGAAGCUUUUUUACAUACAUGGAUUUUUAAAAAUAAAUUAAGAUUUGAUUAAUCUUUUUGGAAAAUGUACAACAGCAGUCAUGGUAUACAUUACGGAUGUACCGUACAUCACAUGAGGCUGCUGAGGGGAGGACGGCUCAUAAUAAUGAUUGUAAUGGAGAGAAUGGAAUGGCAUCAAACACAUGGAAACCGUGUGUUUUAUGUGUUUGAUUACCGUUCCACUUAUUCAGCCUUUACCACGAGUAUGUCCUCCCAAAUUGAGGUGCCACCAACCUCCUAUGCCGUACUCCUCCUUUACAACUCAGGACAUCCUACUUGUAUGAAUACUUCACUAUGUUUAGGGGUGAACUCCACAAGAGUCCACGUGUACAGUAAUCUGAGCCCUUCUGAUCUCAUCGGUGCCUGAGAUUUUCCUGGUCUUUGCCAGCAUGGUUCCUGUCCUGCCAUGGCUAUGAAUACAGUGGACAGCUACCCCCUACAGCAGAGAGAAGUACAUAUGGUUGAGUACAUAAGUAAACAAACAUAGAAGGCUAUGCGUUUAUACACAUCAUUGUUUGAGAAUAAUUAGCCUGUGUUCACUGUCCAGACCUGUCACAUUGAAAUCAGUGGUUAAUGUUAAUUUAGCUUCAUGUGUCAGAAAUAAGCACCUCUUUGAUGUAUUGACUGAAUAAUGGGUUACUGAAUACUUUUUAACUGAAUCCUUAUAUAGCAUUUUGCAUUUAUUCCUCCACAAUGGACAUAAACCUCAGAAUCCUCUCUGGAGUUGGUGAGGUUUAGGAGCUUUUCUCACACAAGCACACCAGGUGUCGUAUGCAAUUGUCCAGUAGGUACAGGUAAUAGGAAGUAAUUUGAGGGAGUGCCAAUCUGGCCAAUUUGAUAGGUUCGACCCAGGAAAAAUUGGGGGGUGGCGUACAGUCAAUCUGAAAAUAGUGUGAAAUGUGGAUGUUGUUAUAUAUUCACAGCUACAGUGCCUUCCGAAAGUUCACACCCCUUGACUUUUUCCAAAUGUUGUUGUGUUACAGCCUGAAUUUAAAAUGGAUUAAAUUUGGAUUUUGUGUCACUGGCCUACCAGAA